ACACUUUAAGUAGGGUUUAUCUAAAACCCUGAGUUCACACUCUUUUCGUGUACACCGUACACUCGAAAUGGAGAACGUCGUCGACGACGACGACGAUUUCGGCGAUCUCUACGCCGACGUCGAAGUUCGAGCAAGCUCAGCAAUAAACACCGUACAGAUUUCAACGCAGCUUCAAACGGAAGUCAACGACGUUGACUGUAAUGCCGUCGGUAACUUUAACGGUGAAAAUGGAGUAAGAGAAGAGGAAGAGGAAUGUGAGAGCGAGAGUGAGGAUGAUUUAAACAUAGUGUUGAAUGAUGAUGAAGAAGAUUAUGAUAAUCAUUUUCUCAAUGAAGAUGAAAUUGUGGAAAAUGGAGGAAAUGCUGAAGGAAAUGGCUCAGGACAAAAUUCAAACAGCAGCGAAAACGGCAAUGCAGAAAAAAACAGUUACAAGAACACCAGACCUCCACAAGCAGCAUAUUCAAGUCAUCUCAAAGCCAAUGGAUCUUCUUGCUUACAUUCUUACUCCACAGCAUUGGUCAAGGGCACCUGGGAGGAUAAUGGCUACAUGCAAAGGAUGGGCUCAGGCUCCGCUGCUCAAAAUGGACAGAGCUUCUCACUUCCUCGGUCGAGGAAUAUCUUGGACAUGAAUAUUGAUAUGUUUGAGAAGAAACCUUGGCGGUAUCCAGGUGCUGACUUGACAGAUUAUUUUAAUUUUGGGUUCGAUGAAGAUAGUUGGAAACAGUAUUGCAAUUGCCUGGAUAAGCACCGAGAAAAGGCCAAAAGGGUAGUCAAGGAUUCAGAUUACAAGACUUCGAAAAAUAGUAAGCCAAAAGGUAGAGAAAUUGAGGUGGAAGAGAGCAUCAUCGAGCGUCAACCAUCGACAGAUGUGGAACGUUCCCAGGAUCGGGAUUCUGAUGUUGUCAUACAGAUUGCUUUGCAGGAUUCAGUGGAAGAUCCCAUAAAUUCUCCAAAAGAGCAGCGGGAAUCAUCUGAGAAUGGAGAUGUUGGGAGAGAUGGAAGGGAUUUUCUCUGUUUUAGUAGUGCCAGUGAAGAUGAGUCAGCCAGCUUGGAAGGAAGAGGAGUAUCAGGCAACUCUACAUCUAGAAGGAACACACCUGUUCGUGAACACGUGUCUAUGGAUUCAGAUAACAAUGGAAACUGUGAGUUCUCUGAUGCAGAUGAGCAUCACCACCAAGAGGGGACUGAAUGUGAUGUCGAUCAAACCUCGGGAGCAAUUGAAUCUUCUCAUGAUGCAAAUAAAAGCAGUGUGAGAGACAUAUCUGAUCCAAGAAAAUCUGUAAUGUUGCAAGAACCAUUGCAUGGUGAAGGCCGACAGCAUAGCCCAGGUUCAUCUUGUUGUUCUCUAAGUCAUAGUGAUGCAUCUGAAGAUGGGGCUUUUCUUGACAUUGAGAAAUCCCAUGAUCAUCAUAUAAGGUCAUUACCAAACGCAGACUCUGAGUUACCGGAGAAGGGUACAAUUGAUUACCAGCCAGUUUCCGGAACCCAUUAUAUCCAAACCAAGUCUGGUGGUUCUAAAUAUUUUACACGAGGUAGAAAGCCUGUGCAAAGAGGUCUGCUGCAUGACAGAAGAAGACCUGGUAGAAUGAGUGAAACAAUUCCCACUCACCUGAAAGUUGAAGAUUCCCGCAAAUAUGAUGCUAGGAUACUGUAUGAAAGGCGUAAUUCAACUGUGAUCCAACACAGACAUAGGGAUAGACGGUAUGCUUUUGACUCUCAUGAAAGAGAAGAGACUUCACAUUUUAAGAGGGCAGAUGCAGGAAGAUUUUCUGAUUAUCCAUGCCGGGAUUCCUAUAAAAAAGAUCCUGAGAGGGAAUGUCAGUUAGAAUACAGAUAUGACAACUGGUGUAGCAGUCGAAGCACGAAAAGAAAGCUAAAUCCUCUUGAACUGACACUAUCUACAUAUGAUGAAUUGUCCAAAAGGGAUCGACCCCAUUAUGGGAGCAGACUCACUGUUCAGGACAUGGACAAUAAUUCUUUUCAUGAAUCAAAACAAUGGAUUGAUAAGCACAUUCCGUAUCUGGAUGAUGAGAUACCCAGUCAACAAAUGUGGAAAAUUGAUCAGCUGCAGAGUAACAACAGAAUGAGGACUGAUGAUCUUGUAACCGAAUGUAAUUACAUCUAUGAUAUCAUGGAAGAGACAGAUAACAGAUAUAGAUCAUACAACAACAGGGAUACUAAUAUUAUAGAAGAUGGCUAUCAUGUAAAUUUGACUUAUUUCAGAAGAGAAACUAAAAGCCCUAAUAGGGGCAAAAGGAGAGAUAACAGUCCCCACGAUAGUUUAAAUAAUGUAUUUUGCAUGGAUCUAAAGGAUGAGGAAGGGAGAUUUGACGGGUAUCGACCUCCAUCCUUUCGUUUGUAUAGGGAACCUUGUACAGCUAGCAGAAGGUGGCAGAGCCCUGAACUGCCACGUGGUAGACAUGGAAUAUUCAGUGGGACUAGGAAAUGUCAAGAUGGUGGUCAGUCUGCUAAUUUGACCAACUCUAUCAGUGCUGAUCAGACAAUCAAGUAUCCUGGUAAUCAGGGUAAUUUUAAAAGAGGAAGAAGGUACCGGCAAUCUGAAGGGUUGCACAGGGUUGAAGAUGAAAAUAUUAGGUAUCAGCAAAAUAUAUUAGAUGCUGAGAGGGCAUCAUGUUCAUUCAGAAGAAAUUCAAGUGACAAAAGGUUUGAGUCAUUUGACAAUAAACAUGGACCCGAUCUAGUAGAAAAACUUUUAGAUGACAGGCAUGUGGAUCAUGAAAAAUACAAAUUGAUCAUGGAAAGCAAUAAAGCCAGUCAAUUUGGUCAAGGGUCUAAAUUUUUUCAUAGAGAUAAUCAUUGGAGAUUCCCAAAGGGGAGAGAUUCUGUUGCCACGUGCUUGGUUGUUGAGAACAGAGAGGAUUUUGAUUUUUUGUUUGUGACCGUGGAUCUGCAGUCCUCCGGAAGAUGCUCCAAAGCAGGGGGUGUAACAUACUUUGGCAGGAGGACACUCAGAAGUCGAAACCUGACAAUUGAUCCUAAAGAAAAUGAUAAAGAGAGGCUCGAUAUAUUCUCAGAUGCUCAGCAGAAAGGGUCUCUGGAUAUUGAAGAGGGAGAGAUAAUUUCUGAAGAAAUAAAUGAGAAAACCAUUAAAAGGAGAAGCACUUGUUUUGGCAAAUCGCAAGUCAGUGAAACGAAGAAUUUUGCUAAUGCUAAAGAUGUGGAAGGAAAGGACAACCCUAAAAUUUUGGAGAUCAUGGCAAAGAUGGAAAAGCGUGGAGAGCGUUUCAAGCAGCCUAUUGCUCUUAAAAGUGAUUCAAAGAAUCUCUCUAAGCCUUCCGUUGAUUUGUUUACUGGCACGACUGAAACUAUGCAACAAAGACCAGCACGAAAGAGGAGAUGGGUUGCAAGUGAGGCCAACUAAAGUGAAUGAUGUUUCAUCAAAUGCCAUCGGCUGUAUGGUCAUAUUAGAGGAUCUGCCUCUUAGUUUACCUCCAUAACUGGAUCUGUAUAGUGGCAUUCCACCUACAGAAAUGGCUGCUGAUGGUAUACCUGGGGUUAAGAAGAAUACUUUUCCCAUGAAAAGAGGGAAAAGAAAACACGUCUAAUAAAGGAUAUUGUUAUGUCUCUGCUAAACUCCAUUUUUUCCUCUUAAAAGUAUAAUCGAUUAUUUUGAUGUCAAAAGGAUUUAAGUUGCUCAUAACAGGCUACCAGUGAUGGUAUGAUUUGAGUUUA